AUGACGAAGGGCAAAGUUUCGGUGCCGGCCGCACACCUCCUGAAGGACACUCACCCCUCGAUUAUGGAGGCUGAUUGCCUUUGCGGGUGCGACUACGCGGUCAGCAACUACGCCUUGCUGCAGCUUGUGACGAUUGCGGUGACCUCCUUGGUGAAGUCCCUCAUGGUGGCUUUCCGCUGCCUGAAAGGUCUCCGAAAUGCUCAGUGGGCCAACCUCAUCACAGUUCUCUUCAAUAUUCCCAUCAACAUCUACCCGGUGACCUGGGCCUCCAUUGAUGCUGAGCUUCCUCCUGGAGUAACGGAGGAGACAGAAACCCAAGGGGAGCCUGCCUUCGAUCCCUUU